GUCUUCUUCAGUAGGCGCAUUCAGUCCAAACGCCUACCUGGAAUCGAAAAGCCUCAGGCCCGGACCCCACAAUUUGAAAACAAGACUCGAACGUGAGUCAGAUCAUCACUUAGUAGGCUGAACAGAUGGGCAUCCCAGUCGUGAGAUUGGAAAGGGAGGGGAAAUCUUGGUGGGAGAUGUCCUGUGGGAGUUCCCCAAAACCUCAUCCCUCCAGGGGUAUUUUAAAAAAAAAAAUCCCCAUAGGAGAAGGUUAAGCUUCUUGGAAGAGAUUUAUCCAGACUGAAUCAUGGGCGAAGGUGAAGAUAGGGGAGAAAUCCUGCCUUCAGUGGGAAUGUUGAGAACGUUGAGAGGCGGAGAAGGAUACAAGUAGUUGGCACCGUGUUGUCACCACACACAUCUGUGGCUAGGCAGGGAGCAAAGGGCAGCUGCCAGCUUGCCGAGAGGAGUGUCGCCUGGGCAGAGGAUCCUAGCAAAGGUGGGAGGGAAUCGUGGCUGCUGUUCUGAAGGGGGAUACAAUAUAAACACCUCCCCAUCCUGCUACUUGUGGGUCCAAAAGUCCCUCAGGAGGGGAGCACGUUGAAGGGAAGCGGGGAAAAUUUCCCAACCCACUUUGACUGUGGGGGACUCCCCUCUUUCCAGCUGUAGUGUUUCGGGGGUCUUGGCCACUCCUACCAUAGAGGGACUUGAGAAAACUUGCUUCUGUCCUCUUUCCCACUGCAACAAGUUAAGGAGGCCACACACGGUGGAAUGAAGACCCAAGCCUCUUUGAGAUUAUUUUGGUCCUUUAGUUGACAAACUAGAAAGACGUUGUAUACCUGCAUAUGUACACAUGCAUGCUUGUGCAUGCACGCACACCCACGCACUGAUAAGAAUGAGCCACAUCCACAGAGCAUUUCUCCUGGGCCCAUCCUGAGUUACCCUGCAGAUUCCAAGGUUAGAUGCUUCCAAAUCUCUCGCUCACUUCCCGCUUAUACAACAACUGAGCCUCCAGAGUUGCAUCCGCUUUCAGGGACACCCCAAGUCAGAUGCCUCACCCUUUUCAAAGUUGAAGUUGGGGGGGGGGGGAAUAAUGACAGGGGAGGACGGGAGACCAUGUGGGAACACCAGAGGGGCCAAGAGAAGGCACAGCUGGCUGAAAAGAGGGCCUUUCACGGCAAUGGUAGUCCUUCCUGGAUGGCAGUCUCAGUGGCAAAUCUUGCCUUCCUCAAGUUUUAUUCAAAUAACGCAAAAUAAAUUUAGAACAAAUUGUGAAAGGGCAUUUUAUGCGUGAAUUGGUCAGAACAGAAACUUCUAGCACCUUUUGGUUGCUGUCCAAUCCUCCCCAGGAACUGCUUUGCCCUCUUUAUUUUUCUGAAUAUUGGAAAACAUACUUGCAGAAAGCAUGUACUUAAUCACGUAUCACAAUAUAACAUAUCUGGACGACAUCCAGCUUGAGGAUUUAAAUGUGACAGGGCAAGUUGGCUGGGGGAGGAGACUGUUGACGUGCUUGCUAUCACGUUAUUUCUCGCCUUCUUUCCAAAGAAUUCCUUGGGGCAUAGGUGAUUGUUGCCUUUCUCCCAAUUUACCCCAACAACCCUGAAGGGUAGGACAGGCUAAGAGGAAAUGCCUGGCUGAAAAGCAUCCAGUGAACCUCAUGGGUGCCUGGAACCUGGAUUCAUUGGGCCCUCAUCUGGCACUGCCUUUGAGUAUCACACUUAGCUGGUUUCCUUAAAAAUAAGGGUGUCAUCCCCCCCUUCCUCCCCAUGUUGUCUCGAUAACCUCCCGAUCCUGGAGAAAAGCAUUAAGGCCAUUGUGGGUUAAUAAGCCAUAAACAUUAUAUGGAAAGCAGUUGUGUUCUGGCAGGAGCCAGCGUGCACUUGGUGCAGGGAUGGCUGCCGAGAACUGCUGAGAAACCCAGGAAACAUGAUCUUUUUCACCCGACCUGUUUCUAUCGUCUCGUCUCCAGGAGGGCUCCUUUUGGCACUCUCCAAGCCAUACAGCCCAUGUGAGCCAUUCUGGGAUCUGUCCCUUUCCAAUCAAUGAAUCUUGAGGAAGGAUGCAGAGGAGAAACUGAAUGAGAAGCCAAGAGGAGCGCAUUCCCACUCUGAUGUGUUUAACUGGUGCGCCACCAGAGGCCACGGGAAGGACAAAUCUACUGGGGCCUGGAUUGGAGAAAAAAAAGGGAGAUGCGUGUCUCCUAGGCUUAAGCUAAGUCCCUUCUCCCAAACUGGAGUUUAAUCCCAAAACAUAGGAAAAAGAAGAGGGGUAUAAUACUCUCGGUGUGUCUGUUCAGGGGCACUGCCCCCUCUGUAAGAUUACCGUGGCCAAUCCCUGCAAAUUUAAAGUCCCUAGCUUUCUAGGUUUUGCCCCAAUCCUCCCCUAGUGUCUCUUUAAUUAGCAAUGGAAUAGGGGGAAGGGCUCUCCUUCUAUUUUAGGAUUUUCUGACCUUUAUAAACGGGGGUUGGGAUCCCACUGUGACACCUUGUGACUCCCAUUUCGAUUCAUUAUCUGUACAGCACAGGGCGAAAAUUGCUAUCUCAUUCUCCCUUAAGGAUAGGUGGUUUUCUCCCGGCUGCUUUUAGGAGAGGAGAGCAAUGCUGUUAGGCCUGCCAUGGGUUGAUGGGAUGCACAUUGCGUCACGCUCACAUGCUGCCUGGCUCUUGGGUAAAACAGCCAGGUCCAGCUGACGCUUCUGCAACUAUUUCUCUCUGACAAGUGCUGUUAGUGAUACUUGGAGUCUUGGGCUGGUGACUUGGAAUACAAUCUCCAUUCCGAUUUGGUGAUCUUGGACUAGUACUUAUUUUUAACCUUACCAGCUUCAAAAGUCAAAUUAGAAUAUGGUGAGAAUUAAGUGGGAUGUUCACCGUUUUGUUCUUGUUGGAAGAAAAGCGAAACGAAAACGUUCAAAGUCAGUCUUUUAAUAGCCAAGGACAAGUGUCUCAAUUUAGCAAAACCUGCAAAGGACCAAUAAUAUCUUUAUUUUAUUUUAUUUUUUUUGCAAACCCUGCUACCCAAGGCACCUCCAUCACCGAUGGUACUCUGCCUUUUCCCCCUUGCAUUUAUUGAUUCAGAAUCCUUCCUUGUAAUCUGCCCUUUCUGUUUAAGACUGUUGUACGUGCAAAUGAAAGGGAGGGGGGGGGAGAAGUACUUUGGCAGACUACAGAAGAAAGACAAAACUCUCAGCUGCAUCCCUGGAGCCAGUUUUCAUCUUAUAUUUGCAUGGGACAAAUUUAGCAGGUAUCAGUCGCCAUAAGCCCUAGCUGUUCCUUUUUCAAGACAGAAGAACAGAAAGUGAAAGGAAAAAGAAUAAACGACUUGCUCAAUCCCGACUUGAGAUGAAGCAGUAUUUUGUGAUUAAUCACAAUUGAAAAAGACAGGAUUUCGACAACCCUACUAUUUUAAAUAGGCGACCUUCUGAGAAAGAGACAUUUAUUUCCUCUUUCUCCAUUGAAAAAUUCUGUUGUUCCUGAAAGUUUAGGCAUUUCUGGUCAAUCUUGUUAUGCUAAUAAAGAAUGGAUUCAGUUUGAGCUAACAACCAAAGAGAUUGCCAAAACUUUGAACUUGGCAAGUGGGUUAGAGAUGCUGUUUUAUUUUAUGUGUUUUUUUGGAUUGGCACCUGACUUCUGUCUCCAGAGGUGAAUAAUCCCCACUGAGAUCCAGAUCUUAUCCAGCAACUGAUAUGAGGGGUGGUGGGGUGGAAUAUUGCUUUCCACCCUCUAGGCCAGUAAGGAUAAGCACAUAACCUGAUUUCAUAACCUGGAUAUCUUGUUUGCCUAUCCUCUCUUACAGAGCAUGAGUUUAAACUGCUCUAAUAAAGUUUUGAAGCUUCUAAGGAGCUCAGGAAGGAUAGAAAAAGGGAUCCAAACAAUCAGAGGAGCUGGCUGGCCAGAAAAGUUAGAUAGGAAAGAGGAAGUUGGAGAAGGCAGUGUUUGGUGAUAAAGCAUAUUUUGAGAAUGGCUGGGGGGAUAGUCCAGGGUUGAAAUAGAGAUGCAUUCGUCCAAUUUCUCCAAACCUCCUGGAGUAGAAUCAUUUUUUUCUUCUGGGGGAAAGUGCUGAGGCUGAGAUAAUCGCCUGCCCUCCCCUUUGAGGCCCUGAGAACUUUCCUCUUUUACUUGUCUGACAGCCGGCGAGAAAUUUCUUUUGUGUAAAAGCCACAGCAUGGCACAGUGCAAGCCACAGCUGCUGGGGGUAAAUUCCAGGAGAAAACUCUUGCUUCAUUCAGUGCUGUUGAGGGUGGAGGGGGUGGAAGCUUCCCCUAUCCGAAGUUGUGUACCCAAACUGGUGUGCUCAGAGCAUUGUACCUGGGUACCAGCACAUCCACAAGUGCCGGUGGUCACAGCAUUUGGUAGACACGUAGCUGCAGGCCUCGCAUGGGUGAGCUGAGAUGGAGAGCCAGAAUAAAAUAAAAUCUCUGGGUUUGUCAAGGGGUGUAUGAGGAGAUCACAAGGAAUGAAUGAUUCAGUCUUUCUGGCUCCGUGCCCUCAAAGGCAUCUCAACAGCCAAUCUGAAAUGGAUCGGUAGCCAGGAUCGGCAAAAGAAAAAUGUCAGUGCUUUCCUUCAAGUGUGAAAAAUUGCUGCGGACAGAACGGCGACCACUUCAAUUCACGAGAUUACAUUUUCCCAGUUAUCCCCUUGCUUCUCCUUCUAACUCACCAAGAGAUUAAAGCAUCUCAUUCUUCAGGCAGAAGCCAACACUUUAUCAUUCCUAUAAACGUUGGUCUAUGAAAAUAGGGUGAUUCAGAAAUGCACUUUGAUCGCCUCUAUUCCUACCUUGAAUUGAGUUACUAUAUAUGCAUAAAGGCAACAUCGGAGACAUAUUUAUACUGCAGAUAUCGCUGAUAAUUUUCUCCCAAUGUGUGACUAUCUUGUAUAUAGUCACCUGGCUGAGGAAAAGAAGAGCUGUAGCUUAAUUCCUGGGGGAAGGCUGUUAUAUUAAUUGCAUCAUAAAUUAAUUUUCAAGCCUGAGAACUGCAAUUUGGAGAAGAUUGCAGAGAAUUCUGUCAGCAGUCUCCCUGUCUCCUUUGACAACAAAUUCUAAAAUUCAUUGCACAAAUGGAAUGAUUGUCCAACCAAUUUAUUUUCAUGAUCUAACCCUGAUAUUUCCUUUACAUUCACUAUGCCGUAUGGAGUCGAUAAUGAAAAAGCAGAAAGAGGGAAUAUGAAAACUGAUAAGGAGCCAUUUUAGUCUAUUUGUUUAAUGGAAUGAGGCAUACAUUUUGAGUGUUCUUAGAAGCAGCCUUUACUAUGGCAUAAUCACAUAUUUCAGACCUUAAUUGGUCCUACAAAAGUUAUUCCAAGAAAGGGUAGUUUUUGAGUCUGGGCUGAUUUAUAGGGAUAAACGUGUGUGUCUAGUUGUAGGUAUCCGACUGCAAGUGAGAAUUUGAGACUGACAUGGGUUUUUAUAGAAAACAAAACAAGAUUAUGCCAGAAUCGUUCCCCAUGCAUUGAUUUCUUUUUGCGUGCAGGGAUUCAAAACAAAGAAAAGAAAAUGAAAUAUUGAGUCACAUGAAGCCUCGCCAAUACUCUGAAAUGAAUACAAUGCAGGUUUGCCAUCUGAGUAAAUGCUAGAUUUCAGAUAAAUCCACGCACAUCUUCACACCCAAACACCCACUUGUAGGUUUCAUUCACUUGAUAUACUCCAUCUGGUUAUUGCGCUCAUCCAUGCCCCAAAUUUGCACACUCCUUUGAACCUUUAAUUAACCGAAACCCCAAUAUACUCACCUACCCAAAUCCCAAGAUUAAUAUUUAUCAAACCAAGCCACAUUCCAGGAACGCAGUUGCUGCUGUUUUUGCAAGCGAUCUGGUUCAAUGUGUAAAUAGAGGCACACAAUCCCAUAUCAUCUUGGAGUCAGCCUUCGCGCACGCACUCUUGCCUUGCAGCCUUGGUGUAACUUAGCUGCUCCAUGCACAGAGCCACAGAUUUACCGCCAUUUUCAUUUCCUGGAUGAUAGAUGUCCCCACCUAUACGCAGCAAUGAAUGAAUUCCCCAAUCAUUGCCUUGCUAAUCCCCAUGGGAAAGAGUUUAUAUCCCCAAGAUUAUCCUUUUAACUAGGGAUUGGGAGGACGAGAAGCAAUACUUGGGCCUUCCCUUAACCCAGGGAUCUGUACUAUAUAUAAAUAGCCUCUUUGAGAUGAUUCAAGCUGAGGACCACGUGCACAAAUGUAUUUGGGAACACACCAGGCCAGCCUGUCCGUCACAGCCAUGAGACUGGCACACUUGUUAACAAUGGGGGCAGGAAAGUUGAAAGCUGUUUGGGGAAAGUGGGAAACAGAUCAAGAUCACAUGGCAGCGACCAAGUGGACAGUGCAGGGGAGGCCCACAGAUCAUUUCUAAUCUUGGGAGCCUGAAGAAGCAUCUAUGACUAAAUGACCAGAAGAUAAAAGUCAGAAGGAAAAUAAUAGAGAACAACAGAGUCUGCUUUUUAUCUCUCUCCUUUCAAGCUCCAUAGCAGCUACCUUAGGGAUCUGGUCUUCCUCUGGAUAUUUUGCAGACAUUUGCACAUGAAGACUUUUGCCAGCAAAAUAACUCUAAAUGGAGAGCAAGGAUGCAUUUCAGCUCAGCCGGCUUUCUCCAGCAUAGCACCCUUAACAUGUCUGUGGAACGUGAUCCAGCCAGCAAGGCUGAUUCUCAAUUGUGCAAUCUCAAAAUACUUAGAUAUGUGACAAAUUGGAAAAGGGUAAGUUAAGUGGUGGCAACAAAUGAAGAAGUCUUAAAGGGGAACUGGGAAGAAUUAAAAUGCAAUGAGUAUUACAAUUCCAAGUAACCACAGAAGUCACAAAUUCAGGUACUGAUGGGGGGGGGGGGACACCCAGAUUCUAACCCAAAUUUCAUUUCAUUGGCUCCUCCCCGACCUGCAAAAAACCACCUGAAAUUCUUGCCUAUUUUAAACAUGACAUCUGAGGUUAAUUUUCAGGGUGUGCCGGUAUCUCAGAACUCCAAAUUGACUGAAUACAAUUUCCACUUAAAAUGAUUUCAGUUGACAUCCUUGCUCUCUUCUCAAUCCACAAACUGAAACAGAAUAAAUUAUGAAGAUGGCACGACAUUUUAUGGGGCAGGUCUCAGCUUUUCCUAGUGCACAAUUUAGAUUAAAUUGGAUUAGAUUUAGAUGCUGUUUUUUAAAAAAUGUUUUUAGUAUAAUAAAUCUACAAAUCAUCUGUACUUAUGGGAACGGCUGAAGUGGUCUAGAAUUGAAGAAUGACACUGUUGCUUACUUUGUGUUGCUCACCUGGCUACAGGUGUGUUCCUCAUCCCGUACAUUAUUAUUGCCCUCCUUGGUGGGAUUCCCAUCUUCUUCUUGGAAAUUGCUCUGGGGCAAUUCAUGAAGGCUGGAAGCAUCACUGUAUGGAACAUAGCGCCACUUUUCAAAGGACUGGGAAUCGCUUCCAUGGUGAUUGUCUUCUACUGCAACACGUACUACAUCAUGGUACUUGCCUGGGGCUUCUACUAUCUGGUGAAGUCUUUUACAGCUACCCUGCCAUGGGCAACCUGUGGGAAUCCUUGGAACUCCCCAGAAUGCGUGGAAAUCUUCCGACAUGAAGACUGUGCCAAUGGCACUGCCAGCAGCAAUCUUACCUGUGAUGAACUUUCCGACAAGCGGUCACCUGUCAUCGAAUUUUGGGAGAACAAGGUGUUGAAUAUUUCAAAAGGCCUAGAGUAUCCUGGGGCCAUCAACUGGGAAGUGACCCUGUGCCUCAUGUCUUGCUGGGUCCUUGUCUAUUUCUGCGUUUGGAAAGGCGUCAAAUCUGCAGGAAAGAUUGUCUACUUCACUGCUACAUUCCCUUACGUGGUGCUCAUUAUAUUGUUGAUUCGAGGGGUGAUGCUGCCUGGAGCUCAGGAUGGGAUAAUUUACUAUCUCAAACCCGACUGGUCCAAACUGGCUUCCCCUCAG